GUGACUCUAGAUUAACUAUUUAAUCAUAAUUUUGCUCAAAUAUCUGAAAAGUCAAACAUCUAAACAGAAAUGAACAAUUCUUUAUUAACUAAAAAAAACAAAUAAAUAAAUAGAGCUAGAAGCCCAUCAUUAAUCACAUUUUUCGUGUUUUUUCUUUAUUUGAUUUCAAAGACCCACAAUUAAGUACUAAUGUACUAAUGUAGUCAGCUGUAUGUCCAAUUUAACCUGUUUUACUUAAAAUGUGUAUUUUGUAGUUCAAAAGCGUAUGGAAAUAAUUUUUUAAAGUAUCAUUGUAAUUUAUUAAAAGCAUAAAGAAAUGGAACUGUCUUGAAUCUGCGCAAUCGUCAGAAAAAAACAAAACAAAACAAAAAAAAAUACCUUCCCAUUCAUAAAAACAGCCCUUCCAUUGUUCAUAAAAUGCUUCAUUCCUUCAUGAAAUCAUCUCUUUUGGCCUCAUUUAAUUCCCUCUAUCAACAUAAAUAAAAUUACCAUUAAAUAAAUAGCAUAAAUCCACAUUUUAACAAGAUUGUAUUAAAGAAAGACACGGGUUUAACAAAGGAAAGCUAUCAUAUUCGAGGAACACUUGAAGGCAUCCGUCUCACGCGAGCACCUGAACGCACCGCAGGAGCAUCACAGCAGCGGGCGGGAAAGGAGGAGGGAGAGGAAGAGGAGGAAGAAGCUCGCCGAGGAGAGGCAAUGAAGAGCAUCCGCGGAAUCUAAAGCCAUCAGACGGGGACAUCAGCUCGUCUUCCCGCCCUCGUUCCAGCAUGGAGGAGAAGCGGCGGUUCCUCUGCGGGGUGGUGGAAGGAUUUUAUGGAAGGCCAUGGUCGAUGGAUCAGAGGAAGGUUCUCUUCCAAUGGAUGCAGCUGUGGGGACUGAACACCUACCUGUAUGGUCCAAAAGAUGACCUGAAACAUCGACUGCUGUGGAGAGAAGUCUAUUCUCCAGAAGAGGAAGGUCAGUUGCGCACUCUCAUCGUGGAGGCCCAGUCCAGAGGCCUGCAGUUUGUUUAUGCACUCUCUCCCGGUCAGGACAUUGUCUUUUCCUCAUCCUGUGACUUAGCUUUACUCAAACGUAAACUUAGACAGGUAGCAGACCUUGGCUGCCAGGCGUUUGCGAUCCUCUUCGAUGACAUCGAUGCCUCCAUGUGUCAGGCUGACAGCGAGGCCUUCGCCUCAUUUGCCCAUGCUCAGGUCACAGUUACCAAUGAGGUUUACCGGUUCCUUGGGGAACCACCAGUCUUCCUUUUCUGUCCUACAGAGUACUGCAGUUCUCUGUGCUCCCCAAGUGUGUCCAAGUCUCCCUAUCUGCAAACAAUUGGAGAAGACCUACUGCCGGAUAUUAGCGUAAUAUGGACGGGUAGCAAGGUCAUCUCCAGGAAACUGUCAGUAGACGGCCUCGCUGAGGUGGAGUCUGUCCUUCAGCGCCCCCCGCUCAUCUGGGACAACCUGCACGCCAACGACUAUGACUCCAGACGUCUCUUCUUGGGGCCUUUCAAGGGCCGGGAGCCUGAACUCAGAAGCCAUUUGAGAGGCCUGCUUCUUAAUCCAAACUGCGAGUUUGAAGCCAAUUACAUCCCACUGCACACUCUGGGAAGCUGGCUUAGAGCAGGGAAGGAGGAAACAAAAGAUGAGGAGUUUGAAUACUGUCCUGAUAGAGCUCUAACUGCUGCUCUGCACGACUGGAUGGAAGAACUCAACCAACCUCUACUAGCAGGUCGGCAGAACAUAAGGACGGACCAGCGUGGCUAUGUCCAAACGUCACGCUGCAAAACUUCUGACCGCUCCGAGCGUCCAUCUACAUUCAUAGGGACUUCCGCUGUGGCCAAACUUCCAGUCUUCCCACUGAAUUCCUGCUCCCCUCCCUCCUCGCCCACUUUAGAGGAAAGGGAAAGACAAGUGGGGGAGAAGACGAGAUUGAGCCAUUUAAGUCAACAGCCUCUUGGAUCUAGGCCUGGACCACUCCCAAGUGGAGGGCAGGGGCAGAAGGCUCAGAGUCGGGGAAUGUGCGGCGGAAAGGGUUUACUCAGUGAAUCACAGGUUCGGCUGAUGGUUGGUUUACAUUACCUUCCCCAUGAGCACGGCCCGUCGGCUCAGAAACUUCUGCAGGAUCUUACUUGGCUGAGGACAAACUGCCACCUGGUCAGUACCAACGGCAAGAAGGCACAACCGCAGAAGGUGGAAGAGUGGCAUGGACGGGCUUCCAGGUUCCUGUCUCUGUGUGAAGACAUAGCACAGCUCCACUGCAGCGUGGUGGGCGGGGCAAACAGGGCUGUCCUCUAUGACCUUUACCCUUAUGUGUGGGACCUCAGAAACACUGCUCUGGUGGCAAAGGCCUUUGUAUGCUGGCUAGAUGGACGAGUGCAGAGUGAUAGCUCUGCUCUUGGCUCCUGGAAGAACUGCUUUCACUGGUGUGGGAAAACUACAGGAGCAGACUUAAUGGGCGGAGACUCUGAGCCGUGGGUGUUUAAAGGGGGCUUGUCCGGGGAUGUGCAGAUGCUUCUCCCAAUUGGCAGUUGCAAUGAACUCUUUACUCAUCCUCCGCCUCUCUUCCCUACCUCUCGUCUUUACAAUGUCAGGCCAUACCACAGCAAAGACAAGGUGGAGUUGUACCGUAUGGUCCGUCAGUUACAUCUAAGAACUCAGGGGGGCCAAGAGUCCAGCAUAGCUCACCCAGAUGUCAUAGGAGACAGAUGUCUUGGCCCAUGCUUGGCGUUAAGCCCCGAGUACAGCUUCAUCCUUGAAGAUGAGUUAGGUGUUUGUGGCUGCGUGUUGGGCAUUUUAGAUGUUCGCAGCUUUGCCAAGAGGUGCCAGGCCAGUUGGAUACCCGCAAUGAGGGACAAAUACCCUCCCAAAGGGAACAGCACACACCCAAACACACAGGACUUGAUCCGGUUAAUUGAAGAGGACCAGGGCGAGUACCCAGACUCGCUCCUCCAUCACUUCCCCUCGCAGGUGCGUUUGGAUGCGCUUCCAGAGCUGGUGGACGUCAGCGUCAGCCGAACCCUUCUCACCGCCCUCCUCACUGCACUGAAGGCUAACGGUUCUCAGGGUGUGUUCUGCGAGGUGCAGCCGACUGACCGCCAGAGGCUGGAGUUCCUGACAAAACUGGGCUUCCUGGAGAUCCUCCGAGGAGAGGCCAGGAGCAGAGAGGGGGUGGUGCUAGGGAGGCUGCUGUAAAACCACAGAGACAUUAGAGCACUCACACAACACGCACACUUAAGCCCUUUUCAGACAUGAGAUAUGUAUAAUGCUUUCAUCAGUCUGUUACCGGGACAGUCAUAUCAUCGUUGGUUUAUCACAGCAAUGUUGAUCAUGCAAUUCUGCUUUUACAGUCAUGUUGACGGAAAUUUUAAUUUUGGAAUUAUACUAAAACUAGGUAAAUUCUACAUCCAAAGCUAAGCAAAACGUCAAACAGGUCAAAUAUUUAGUUCAGUUCCCAGAUUUUUCUAACAAAAAUCACUUUGACAUUAGGAAUGGUGAGCAUCUCUGAUAAAACAGGCCAAUAAGUGCAAGGAAAAACGUGUUCCAGUUAGUUUCUCUCAAGCUCAGAUAUGGUAGACAACCAGGAAUCAGGAUAAACACAAGAACUGUUAACAAAAAAGCACAUUAUUAGUAUGUUUAAGUAAAACUUAGAAUAAACUUAAAACAUGGUUGCAAACAAAUCAAAUUGAUUUGUAGGUCUACAUUUCGGGACAUUAAACAAGUGCUUAUUGGCCCUGGUUUACUCUUCUGUACGAAAAUUUGACUGCAGCUGCUAAGCAUGGGGGUGUAGACUUUAUGAUAUGGGUUUCGUUCCUCUUUUAGCAUUUUAUUUAAGUAUGUUGCACAAAAAUCUACUUCCAAAAAAUAAAACAAUCACUUAAAAAGAGAUAUGCAAUACAUUUCAGUGGCUUGAUUGAGAUGUUUUUGGAAGAUCUUAGUGAAAAUUAAAAUGAUUUAAUGCAAUGAUAGUAAAUGACGGUCACUGAGAAGCAAAGUUGUAAUUUUUGUGACCAGUUUUGAAAGACUACUUUUGAUUUUUUUUUUUUUUUUAAAUGAUACAUUGUUAUUUAGAGCUAUUUUCUUUAACAUGACUGUAUGAGAGCCCCCAUUAAACCCCCAUGCCCUCAUCCCAUCAUUUCAGGUUGUUUAAGGAUCUGUAAACAUGAUUCUUCUCAGUGUUUUUACCCUAAGUCCACUUUAGAUACACCUUCUUUUUUUAUUUAAAAAAAGGUACCAGUUUAAGUCAACCUGCAGGUUUGUCUUUCUAAAGCUGACUCAGCAAAAUGACAAUUAAUUAUACAAUAAAGCUAGUAGCAACUUAGUCAAACUGGAACAACACAAAGUCCCAGUACAUGUCUGAAGGGGGCUUUUAAAAACUAAAGAGACAAUUCAACAGAGUUGACGUUAAAAUGUGCUUGUAAACACCAAAAGAUGCUAAAAACACAUCAUGCAGAGUAGUGUAGGCACAUCGUAACUUUGCAAAGAAGCAGAAGUCUUAAUUUCUUUCAUUAGGAGGGGAAAUGCUGAGGCACUGCUCUAGUUUUCUGAAUAUGUUUGGCAUCAAUCAAGAAAAACAGAGAUUUUUAAGGGCAAUGAUCAUUUUUCAAGAUGUUUUUUUUAUAUAUAUGAUGAUAAGCAAUAGGGGCACUUCAACACUGGGUUUGAUUUGCACUAAAGUUUCCUUUUGUUUUCUUUUAAUACAUUUUUAGAGCAUCUUCAUAUUUGGAACUUUUUUUAAAUCUGGUGUGACAAAGGUAACAAAGGUCUUUGUUUGCUUUGGUGCGGUUUACAACAGUGGGAUUGUAGUCAAACUACAGCAAAACAAGAAGAAGUAAAUGAGAGAGACCAAGUAAUAUUAGCAUUAUGCUAAGUUUAAAAAAAUGAUCACAGAGUAAAUCCAAAGGAGCUUAAAUAACAAAAAAAA